UCAUUGAAAUUUCUGACUGGGUGCACAAUACCACAAGGAACAGCAUUGGUUUUCGUUGCCUGGCAUGUGAAAGGUGGAUUCGUGAAAAUGCUGUGGUUCUAAACCCAGAAAUGAAUACAGACCCUCAUGUGAGAAGUCAGUGUCUCAAAUCGAUGCUUUUAAUCGUUUCGUAAGUGAAAUAAAGGCUUGGCUGAGGAUCCGAAGUAUUUUGUACCGAAUACUUUCAAAAUGAAUACCACUAAAGCAGCAACAGUCCCAACGGUCACAGUAGCAGAGACGACAGUACCCAAUGGGGCUGGGCAAAACGAUGUAUCGGUUAUUAUCACGGUAGCUGCCUGCAUCGGUGGAUUGUUCCUGGUCGUUCUCAUUAUAUUCAUCAUCUUUGUUAUAUACUUCUAUAGAAAACAGCUUAAAGAGGACAAGUUAGACAAGAAGAGUCCAUCUUUGAGGGCAGAUAGAUUGGACUGGAAGAAUCACUCGCUGCCUCAACAGUUUGGUGAUAUCAACGAGAUAGACGUGAUGCUGUGGACAAAUAGAGGUCGAAAAGCCAAUGAUGAGACUAACAACCCCGCUUACGAAAAGGAUUUUGAGCCUCUUGAUGUUAACAAUUUGAAGGCCUUUGAGAGCACGGAUGAUGAUGCUGGCUCUACCCGCGAAACAGAAAGUUCGAGUGACUUGGUAGAGAUCAACAUGGACGACGAAGAAGACAAACCUACAGCGAAUAGUGACAACAUUGAAAGCACCAAGCAGAUAUCCAUUCUGGAUAUGAACACAUGGGGUCAGCCUGGUUCUUCCCGACGCAAUUCCUUGCGAUCCGUUCAUGGUUUUGGCUCUCCGCCACCAUUCGCUCCUAAAUCACCCGAUGCAGUAUCAAACGGGAGAGGUUCAUUGCGUUCUCAGACUGGUAACCCAUUCCCGAACAUGUCCUUCAACGGCACUAGUCACAACUACAAUUCCCAAGGGGCAUUUCCGUUCACUGUCUCUCAACCGUCAAACGACCCCAGGUUUCAGUACACACGCUCCAACCCACUUAUGGCUGACGCAAUGGGCAUGGGUGCCAAUGGGCUCCCAUUUUCCCGAGGCUCAAAGAGGGGCUACACUGCUCAUGAGGAGCGUGACUUUGGUGGACAGGAUGAUAUUCAGAGUGUAGAGUUUGAUCGAUCAUCCACAUUGAGGGGGUCACGCCGCAAUCAGUCAGUUGUGGAUUUUUACGAGAGUGGGACUCGAACGACUGGUUCCAGCUUCAGUCUUGCUCUCGAAGGAAGUGGUUCAAUCGGCAAGAACCUACUUUGGCAGAACAAAAAAUUUGGUGGGAUGGGAUUUGGCAAUACCAAGUAGGUAUGGGUUGAUUUAGUUUUUCUACAUGCACAGAGUUGAUUCAUGUGUUCAUUCGUCAGGCAAGAACGUACAUGCAUGUGCGCUACGAAGAUGAGAAAGUCCAAAUUUAAGAAGCCCACUGAUUCGAAAAACGGAUGUAGGGAAGUUGGGUUUACAAUAGCAAGCACUUUUCAUUGUACAUGUACAUCGCAUAGAAAUUAUUGCACUGUAAAAACGCCGAGCACAUUUUUGAUAAACGUUGGGUGCAUCGCCUGUUUGGCAAACACAUUUAUACACAACAGUGUGGAUUCUCUCCGGAUACAUUUAGGCCUAUAUAUGUAUGUGGGCAAACUUGUCUCAUUUUACCCAACGGUUGUAAAUACAUGUACUGUUACGCGAAUUUCAUCCCAACGGCAUAAGCGAUUUAUGGUAUCCCAUGCCAAAAAUUCUCCAGCGUAUUAUGUAUUAUUUUUUUUGUAUGUUGCAUAUAAAUGAUUGUACUCGUUACAUGGGCAUGUACACCCACACAGCCGCAUUUAACACUUCCAACAGUUCUUUGCGAAUUUACCAGACAGGCCUAUGCACGUACGAGGAUUGUCUAUUCCGGGUUCUUGCAUUUUUUGCUCUUUCCUGUCUUCUAGCUGUCAGUUAAUUCGUAAACAAAAAACGAAAAAAAAAAUUAUGAGUAUGCCAUUCGGUUGGCAUCAGAAUCAACUGCAUUGCAAAACGUACAAGUAUACCUAACCCGUAUGCAGGAAGGCUCACAUACACCAUGUACAGUCGAUGGACCUGUCAUUUAUCUUCUUUCGUUGCUGUCAAUUUUGUUUUGCCUGUUACGUGGUAGGCCUACUGUUUUUUAUAUUGAGGAACACCACAGUUCAGAUUGACGUCGAAAUAGUUUUCCGGUCCACUUAGUUAAAACAACGUAACUUGGACAUAAAAUGAUUUAGUCACAACGCAGGUCGUAAUCGUAUUCAUUCAUACCAUAAAAUGAUCAUAGAUCUACUUUGUACGUAGAAAUGGCAAUUAUAUUCAUGUACGCGGUAGGUCAGUGUUGUCAAAAUAAUGCGCUUCGUCAACAAUAGGAAACAAGAGGAGUACACACGUCUUGUAAAUUUAAUUUUGGAGUGAUGUACAGAAACCCUAAUUAUUUAGUAUCGUCAAUUUCUAACCGUUAUUUGUACAUGCAAUGAACUGUUUUCGUUUCGAAGAAGUGCGUAUUAUUGUACCCUAAUGUAUAAAAAAAUUAUAUGGGUAAUUUAUAUUCAUAAGUGAAGAGACAAAUAAAAUUCUUUCACAAAGUAUUAAG